UAAUUCUUGUUGACUCACAGGAGAAUCUUGACAGUGAAAGUGCCAUGUUGUAUUGAUGAACAGCAGCUACAAGAUGUUCAAGAGCUGUUCUGGCUUUUCUGGAUUUUGUGCUUUACCAAUAGAGGAAUCCCAUGGAGCAUUAAUUAGUUCUGGCAAUUCUAGAAUCAUGACUGACGGGUUCGUGACAUUCCGGGAUGUGGCCAUUGACUUCUCUCAGGAGGAGUGGGAGUGCCUGGACCCUGCUCAGAGAGACUUAUACGUGGAUGUGAUGUUGGAGAACUAUAGUAACUUGGUGUCACUGGAUUUGGAGUCAACAUAUGACACCAGAAAUAUAUUUUCAGAAAAGGACAUUUUUCAAAUAAAUUUUUCUCAAUGGGAGAUAAAGGAAAAAAGUAAAGCCCUAGGCCUUGAGGCAUCCAUUUUCAGUAAUAAUUGGAAGUGCAAAAGCAAAUUUGAGGGACUACAGGGACAUCAAGAGGGAUACUUCAGUCAAAUGACAAUCAGCUAUGCGAAGAUGCCUACUUACAGAGGAAGUAAAUCUCACACUCCACAUCAAAGAAUUCAUAAUAGAGAGAAACCCUAUGUUUGUAAGGAAUGUGGAAAGGCUUGUAGUCAUGGCUCAAAACUUGUUCAACAUGAGAGAACUCAUACAGCUGAAAAACACUUUGAAUGUAAAGAAUGUGGGAAGAACUUUUUUAGUGCCUAUCAACUUACAGUGCAUCAGAGAUUUCAUAGUGGUGAGAAACCCUAUGAAUGCAAGGAAUGUGGAAAAACCUUUAGUUGGGGAUCAAGCCUUGUUAAGCAUGAGAGAAUUCAUACUGGUGAGAAACCCUAUGAAUGUAAAGAAUGUGGAAAAGCCUUUAGUCGUGGCUAUCACCUUACUCAACAUCAGAGAAUUCAUAUUGGUGUGAAAUCUUAUGAAUGUAAGGAUUGUGGGAAGGCCUUUUUUUGGGGCUCAAGCCUUGCUAAACACGAAAUAAUUCAUACAGGUGAGAAACCUUAUAAAUGUAAAGAAUGUGGGAAGGCCUUCAGUCGUGGCUAUCAACUUACUCAGCAUCAGAAAAUUCAUACUGGUAAGAAACCUUAUGAAUGUAGAGUAUGUGGAAAGGCUUUUUGUUGGGGUUACCAACUUACUCGACAUCAGAUAUUUCAUACUGGUGAGAAACCCUAUGAAUGUAAGGAAUGUGGAAAAGCCUUUAAUUGUGGGUCAAGUCUUAUUCAACAUGAAAGAAUACAUACAGGUGAGAAACCGUAUGAAUGUAAAGAAUGUGGAAAGGCCUUUAGUCGUGGCUAUCACCUUACUCAGCAUCAGAAAAUUCAUACUGGUGAGAAACCUUUUGCAUGUAAGGACUGUGGGAAGGCCUUCAGUUGGGGUUCAAGCCUUGUUAAACACGAGAGAGUCCAUACUGGUGAGAAAUCCUAUGAAUGUAAAGAAUGUGGGAAGGCCUUUGGUAGUGGGUAUCAGCUUAUUCGGCAUCAGAUAUUUCAUACUGGCGAAAAACCCUAUGAGUGUAAGGAAUGUGGAAAGGCCUUUAAUUGUGGAUCAAGUCUUGUUCAACAUGAGAGGAUUCAUACAGGUGAGAAACCCUAUGAAUGUAAAGAAUGUGGGAAGGCGUUUAGUCGUGGCUAUCACCUUACUCAACAUCAGAAAAUUCAUACUGGUGAGAAACCUUUUAAAUGUAAGGACUGUGGGAAGGCCUUUAGUUGGGGUUCAAGUCUUGUUAAACAUGAGAGAGUCCAUAGUGGUGAGAAGUCCUAUGAAUGUAAAGAAUGUGGGAAAGCCUUUUGUAGCGGCUAUCAACUUAGUGUUCAUCAGAGAUUGCAUAUUGGUGCGAAAAUUUAUCAACGUAAGGAAUUUGAGAAGACCUUUACUCAUAGCUCAAACCUUGUUCAGUGUGAGAGAACUCAUAGUGAUGGUAGAUCCCAUGAAUAUAAAGAUGGGGACACCUUUAUAUGGACAGUUUACUCAAAUGAGAAAACUGAUACUGGUGCAACCUUAUCAUUGAAGAUAUAUGAAAGAACAUUUUUUUAUGUAUGGACAAAUUACUCCGUAUGAGAAAUCUUACUCUUGAGAAACUAUGAAUGUAAGGAAUGUACAAAAGCCUGUAUGUAGACAGUUUCCUUGAUAUCAGCAAAUUCAUUCUACUGAGAAAUAUUUUGAAUAUAAGGAAUAUGAAAAGA